AUGAAGCCCGUUGUGUCGGCGUUGAACGCCUGGUCUUGCGUUGUCAUCUCUCUUUUUGCCAUUGUCAUCCUCUCCGUUCUGGGCUCUCUAUUUGGCAGCAACCACCACGCUUUCACUGGCAGCGAAGGAGAACCUGAAGAUGGCCCUGCAGUCGCUGCCUCCAUUUACGUUGCCGUCCUUGUCUACGCUGGUUUCUUUGUUUUCUGCGGGUUCCAGGCCUACCUUCACAUUCGAGACAGCAGGGGCGGCGCCAUAUCACUUCGCUAA